AUGGAGAACCUGCAUCAGGUGGUGCUGAUGGGCGCAUGUUGGUUGCUACUUUUCUGCCGGUCUGCUCUGUUGGUCAAGCCAUCUGCAAGGUUUUCCCCACUCCAGUUAAGUCGACCAAUGGGAGCGACGGCCAUAUUCACCUGCAGCGUCUCCAACGUGUUUAUUUCUGACUAUCGCCUUAGCUGGUACAAGCUGGACAGCGAGGGCCAGCCGGAAAAACUGGCUACCGAACGCAAGAAGUACAACGUAACUCAGCUGAACUCGAAGACAUAUCAGAUGAAAAUCCUGAACGUGGAGGAGCAUGACAGUGGGAUCUAUUACUGCAUGCUCCUAGCCUUCUCCUUAAAUCACACGCUGACGGAAAGCAACAAAGCCAACCUCACAGUGACAGAAAAAGCACUUGAGCCAGGACCUCAGGAAGAGGAGGAAGAGGAGGAGGAGGACAUGGACAACAUUGGACAAGCUGACAACAACAUUCUUCUUGCUGCUAUUCAAGGAGCUGGAUUGGUUUUGGCUCUUGCGUUGUUAUGUUUCUUUAUAGCCUGCAUCAUCAGGAGAAGGCAAGAGCAACAGAAAUCGCAUGAUGAAAACGCUCCCUUGGAAGAAGAGCCACCCGGAAUGACCGUUUUCACCGUUGAUUACGGAGUGCUGGAGUUCCACGCGGCGGAGAAUGCCCAAAGCGCUCCUCUGCCGAAGCGCAGCCCUGCUGACCUGACGGAAUAUGCCACCAUCGUCUUCCCACACGAGACGCCUGCUCCUGCCCACACGGACAAGAGGUUUAGAAAGCAGAGGAGCUGCCCCAGCAGAGCUUUGCCACAUAGAAGGGAUGAAGGCAGGAAGUGUGAUGAGUGA